GGUGGAGGAAUAAAGAAGCAGCAAAAAGAAGAGGAAGAGGAGGAGGGGGUUAGGAGGGGGUGUUGGUGGGGGUGAUGAGGCUCCCCACCCCCCACCCCCCUCUUGCUGGCUUGGCCACCACCACCCUUCUGCUCUCCACACUGCUUGCCCCUGGUGUGGGCGGGGAGUGUGGACUGGAAGGUUGUACGGCAGCCUACGUGGCAGGUAAGCAGGCUGGAAUAGAGGAGAAUGCUACCCCGGCUUACUGUACCUUAGUGGACCGCUACCGACAGUGUACCGACGCCCUCAGUAGCACAUGUCGGGGUGAAAUCCAGUACCACUCCAUCAAGCGUAUGAUCUCUUCCUUCGUCACCCGCUACAACUGCACCCGCUUGCUACCCGGAGACCCUCAGCCCUCGGCCGCCCACAUGGGCGGCGUGGCGCCAACGGACGCCCACGAUGUAUGUCAGUAUCGCGGGCAUCCCGAACCGGCUCACUGUGGUCUGUUCGGUGACCCACAUCUCAAGACAUUCAACGACUCGUACAUGACGUGUGGCGUGGUGGGGGCGUGGCCGCUCCUCAACACGCCCUCCCUCGCCAUACAGGUCACCAACGAAGCCGUGGGUUCUGCCAACCACGCCACAGCCACCACCAAGGUGACGAUCAUCAUCAAGGGCCACUCAGGGUGUGGAUCAGAGCGCACCUACGAAGCAUCGACCGAGGCACUACCUAGAGCCUUCGUGGACGGCACUACCUGGUCUGGCGGCUCUCCUGAAAGACCCUACAUCGAGGUGCACGAGAAGAUGCCAGGGGAACACACACUCAUCACAGUCUCCUUCAUUAAUGCUACCGUCGCUGUCAGGAAGAUCGGCAGGUACCUGACUGUGCAAGUAACACUGCCAGAGAAGUUAUUGCGUGAGCUGGAAGGUGACGAUGAGUUACAGUUGUGUCUACAGGGCUGUCCUCCUCAUGAACUGCUAGACAGGGCCGGCGCUGCAUCCGCCGUAGCCAUGAGCAAAAAGAAGGCUACAAAGUUGUGUAAGGAAUACAAUAUCACUGAUUAUUACCUGGAUUCCUGCAUCUUCGACCUUGUCACGACAGGCGAUCAGAGUUUCCGAAUUGCAGCUCAGGCUGCCCAGAAGGAUCUCUGGGAGCACGACCCUGUUGGGGCACAAAGACUUCUUCUCAACUGUUCACAGCCACCCUGUGUAUGGAACAUCAACUCUUCUCAACAAUCAUACCAGUGUAGUUCUAUAAUGAUGCUGGCUCUUGUAUUAUUGGUCAUAAAUGUAUGGGUUGAGCGGUAGCCAGCAUCUUGGACAGUAUCAUCCGUUCAAGGGUGUUAGGGGAAAAGGAGAGCUAAUGUCACUGUUUACUGCAAGGCAGAGUAAUAUGUAUUAUGCUAAUGAGCAGUGACUGGAGAGCCUCAGAGAUAUAAUGUACUGUAUUUAUCUAAAAAAAAAGUUGAUGAAAGGUUUUAAUCAGUCAUAAAAUUUGUAUACAAAAGUGGUGUUGUGGCUAGAAGAUUAAAAAUAAAAUAUGCACUCAAGAUGUAGGUGUGUUCCAUUAAUUACUGUAUUCAGAAGCUGAACGUAAUAGUCACAGUCGUGUGAAUAUGAAAGCUGUUCUAGUUAUCAGUGUAUGUAAUGCUAGUGUCAAAACAUAUACUACUACCUUCCAUCUUAAAGUGUUAAACUGUACAUGCAUAGAUGAGAUGUAGCUGUAGUCAUUAUUUAUUCAAAUUUCUUCACUAACAAUCCUGUAUGUAGUGAAAGGGAUUUCUACUGUAUUUAUUUUUCCUUGUGUCUGUCUGUUGAUUUUAAUUUUGUGCAGAGAAUAAUUGACUGGAAAACUUUGUUGUAAAAUUUUUAACAAUAUUAAAUUACAUCUGUAUUACAUAUUCUUAGCUUUGUUAAUGAAUUUAUUUUGUCUCUUUUUCUUUGUUUACAUUGUAAUACAGAUAUUUUAUAGUGACAUAAACAUUGUACUAAUCUAAUUUUACUAAAUUUUGUGCAUAGAUUUCUCAAAAAUUGAGAAUUGAAUGAUGAGUAAUUAAUACUGCAGUGCUAAGACUGCCAUGUAUGAAGCAUACCUCAAUACUGUCAUUGUGUAGUAGAGUCCUACUACUAUUGUAGUAUACUCUUGUAGUAUCUUCAUUUGGCCUCACUUUUGCAACUGUUCCUGUUCAAUGUGCCAAGAUGAUCAGCAUUUCAAAGUUUUAAAACUAGCAACAUUUUUCCUCGUUAGACAACGAGGCACAACUCAUUGUUUAUAGGCAUAACUUAUUUAUUUUAGCCUUGGUCACUAGCUUGAACAGUUUCAAGAAAUAUGGUUAGUGCUAUCACAAUGACAGCUCAUGUAGAUAUGUAGUUAAUGGUAAAUGUUAUUUGCAACAUUUGUCCUAAAUUAUUAUAACUAUAAUCAUGAGGUAGUGCUAAUCCACAGGAAGGAGAGGUAAUCAGAUCUGAUCUGAGAAAGGGAACAAUAGUUCCAUCUUGAAGGGACUUGCUCCAAGACCUUACACUUGUAAUCCAGAUGAACUAAAUUACUGUACAAUGACAGUUUUUGUGUAUAUUAAUGUGCCAUUGGAAAUUUUUGGAUUAGCUUGAAAUCUUAACAUGGUAAACAUUCUAUGUAAGAGACUAAUGGGAGGGAGAGUGGGUGGACGGUACAGGUGAUUGUCGUGGCUAGAGCUGAGAUUGUUUUGUUGUCAUCAUAACAGUAACUGACAAUUCUGUAACCAGUGUACUCUGAUGUAUGUCAGUUUCUCGAGGGUCGUGACAAAUUAAUUUUGUGUGUGAUUUAUAGGCCCCCCAUAUCUUGAUAGGGAGUACAGUGAGCUUCUAUGGGACGAAAUUCAUAAAGCAUCUAGAUAUGAACAUGUCAUGUUAAUGGGAGAUUUUAACUUCAGACAAAUUGAUUGGAACAGUAUGAUAGGAAAUCUUGAGUCUAGUGACUCUCAUGAUACGAUUCAGGAUUGCUUUUUAAAAUAGUUUGUGACAGAACCAACUAGAGGAAACAAUCUGCUAAGACUUGGUUCUUGCCAACAAGGAAUCACUAAUUAAAAAUCUUGAGGUUAAUGAUGAGCUUGGGGAAAGCAAGCACAAAUCACUUAGUUUCAAUAUAUCAUGGAAUUACCCAAUAACUGCAAUCAAGUCUCUGCCCUAGACUUCCGCUUGGCCAAUUUCAUGGGACUGAGAAAUUACAUGGUGGACUAAAUUGGAACGACCUGACUAUGGGACAGGUAGGUGGUGUUGGUUGCCAAUAUGAUGUUUUUCAGAGCAUAGUUCUAGCUACCCAGACAACUUAUGUUCCAAGUAGGGAAAUUAGAUCAGCAAAAAAUGAUCCCAAAUGGAUAAACAAUAGAUUAAAACAUUUCAUUGGUCAAAAGAGAGGCAUAUAUAGAUGUAUCAAAAGAGGAGAGGGGCAAUUAAGAAAUCAAUAUAUUCCAUUAAAGAGGGGAAUAAGAAGAACCAAAAGAGAUUAUGAGGCUAAAGUGGCAAGGGAUUCGAAGACUAACCCGAAAGGUUUCAGGUAUGUAGAAGUAAGAUUAGGAACAAGACUGGCCUACUCUAAUGUAACUCAGGUCAGAUUACUGGACAGUGAUAAGGAAAUGUGUGAAAUUUUUAACUCUUAUUUCCUCUCAGUUUUUACGUAGGAAGAUACUGGUGAAAUUCCAGAAAUUAUAAAUUAUGUAGAGCAGGACAGUAAUAAACUAUUCACAAUUAGGGUAACUAGUGACAUGGUCCUCAGACCAAUAGAGAAAUUAAAACCAAACAAAUCCCCAGGCCCUGAUGAACUUUUGGCUAGUCUUUUCAACACAUCACUACAAACUAGCAUUGUGCCAGACAAGUGGAAAAUGACAAAUGUAAUACCAAUUUACAAAGCAGGAGACAGGUCUUUAGCUUCAAACUAUAGACCAAUAAGCCUUACCUCCAUAGUGGGAAAAUUUAUGGAAUCAAUAAUUGCCAAGGCAAUUCGUAGCCAUCUUGAAAGACAUAAAUUGAUUAAUGAAUCUCGGUACGGUUUUACAAAGGGGCGGUCCUGCCUUACGAAUUUACUAACUUUUUUCACCAAGGUAUUUGAGGAGGUAGAUCAUGGUAAUGAAUAUGAUAUUGUGUAUAUGGACUUCAGUAAGGAUUUCGAUAGAGUUCCACAUCAGAGGCUAUUGAGGAAAAUUAAGGCACACGGAAUAGGAGGAGAAAUUUUUUCCUGGGUAGAGGCAUGGUGGACAGAUAGGCAGCAGAGAGUUUGCAUCAGUGGGGAGAAAUCAGAGUGGGGGCACAUCACGAGUGGUGUUCCAUAGGGGUCAGUGUUGCAUAAACGACAUUGAUGAGGGAAUAAAUAGCUACAUAAGCAAGUUUGCUGAUGACAUCAAAAUAAGUCACCUAAUUCAUUCAAAUGAGGACAGAGCACUCCAAGAAGAUUUGAAUAGACUGAUGCAGUGGUCGGAGAAGUGGCAGAUGUGGUUUAAUAUAGACAGAUGCAAAGUUCUAAACAUUGGACAAGAAAAUAACCAUGCCACAUAUAAACUAAAUAAUGUAGAUCUUAAUAUUACUGAUUGCAAAAAGGAUUUAGGAGUUCUAGUUAGCAGUAAUCUACAACCAAGACAACAGUGCAUAAGUGUUUGCAAUAAAGCAAACAGAAUCCUUGGCUUCAUAUCAAGGAGCAUAAAUAAUUGGAGUCCUCAGGUUCUUUUUCAACUCUAUAUAUCUUUGGGUAGGCUACAUUUAGAUUUUGCUGCACAGUUCAGGUCACUGUAUUACAGAAUGGAUAUUAAUGCACUGGAAUACAUACAAAGGAGGACGACAAAGUUGAUCCCAUGUAUCAGAAAUCUUUCCUAUGAGGAUAGACUGAGGGCCCUGAAUCUGCACUCUAGAUAGGUAUAGAAUUAGGGGGUGAUAUGAUUGAGGUGUAUAAAUGGAAAACAGGAAUGAGGAACAGGAAUGUAAGUAGUAUGCUAAAAAUAUCUAACCAAGACAGGACUCACAGCAGUGGUUUUAAGUUGGAAAAAUUCUGAUUCAGGAAGGAUAUAGGAAAGCACUGGUUUGGUAAUAGAGUUGUGGAUUAGUGGAACAAACUCCCGAGUACCAUCAUAGAAGCUAGGAUGUUGUGUAGUUUUAAAAAUAGGUUAGAUAAAUACAUGAGUGGGUGUGAGUUGGACCUGACUAGCUUGUGCUAAUAGGUCGGAUGCCAUACCCCUUCCUUAAGUGGAUGUGACCUGACCUGACUAGGUGAGUCAUUGGUUUAAGCUGGGAGGUGACUUGGACUUGCCUUGCAUGGACCAGUAGGCCUGCUGCAGUGUUCCUUCUUUCUUAUGUCAACUAACCAACAAAUUAGGUUCAGCAUUUAAAGUGUUUUGGCCCAUCCUGUACCAUUUUCAAGUUAUAACUUGAUAAUAGUCCUAGCUGGAUCAAAAUGUCAUAUAGAGUUCAUUUCAAAUUUGCAAGGUUGUUAUGAAUUUUUCACGAACAUGUUCUCAAUCUGUAAGACUCGUAUAGCGUGAAAUCCUAAAUUCAGUGCUAAAACUGGUAUAAAGAAGGAAAAUGGUGCAUCUGGAAUGUUUCUGGUGGCACUGAACUUCAUAUUUCUUGGGACUGCUGCUCAUAACAGUCCUGUUGUCAUCUCUGCAAGUAGUAAGCAUUGUACAUCAUUUAAUUCAACUAUUAUAUGUGCUUAUUAUUCCAUAAUACUGGUAGGCUUUUAUGUAUUUAUGCACAUGUAAAGACUAUUUAUCAGCUAAGAAGACCUAGUUAUAGAGUCUUUUUUUAGACCGUCAUCAGUUACUUUUUUUCUUUAACUUUUCUGCAUUUAUUAGUAUGGUUAGUAAAGAGGACAGGCUUAAAUAAUAUUUUAAUUAAUAGAUUAACAGGCCUCACAUGAAUUUACUCUUGUAUUAAAUAUAGGCUGUGGUCCAAUAAUGCACAAUAUUAGAGCAAAUUUAAAACAAUUUCCAACAUCCUUUAUACUAUAUCCUGAUAUCCUGCUGGGCAGGACACAGUUCUUCUGGGUUAAAGGAAUUAGCUAGUCAGGGACCCAGCAAACUUUAGAUUAUCUAAAAUUCUUCCUAAACUUUUGUGACUAUGCAUCGUAUAAUAGAGGAUAAUGUCUAGAAACAGUGCCAUUCACACAUUAUUAUUUAUUAUUAUUAAUAUUAUGGUAUUAAUAUCACAAAAAUGUGCUAAACAUUAAUUAAAUCCUACUAUCCAACUUAGUCCAAAAUAUAUAUGCAGUCAGAAAUAAUUGGAUCAAAUCUUUAAGCGUCUCAUAUACCUGUAUUUUGAAGCAAUGGCAGUUUCAUUUAUAUUCUUGGGGAAGCGGGGGAGGGGAACUUGGAACCUGCAAGGGUCGUUCAGUGCUUGGGGAAGGUAAUCAGGUUCAGUCCAAGGAAGGAGAAGUUAGGUCCAUUUCCUUGAAUCAAGAGCCCCUUACUGGCAUCAAGGAACCUCUCUGGAGGGGACAUUGGUUUUAUAUGAUUCGUAAAUUGGAUUUUCUCUCUCUUCAACAUUAAUAUUUGGUAAAGAGAAACUAAUUUACCAAUUAUUUUGCUGUUCAAUAUAUUUCACCAUAAAUGAAUUUUAAUUUUUCAGACUAAAGUUGAGUAAAUAAAUUUCGGUAGUCAUUUUGCUCUUUGUUGCUCUUCAUGCUAAUUGAUUUUUGGCAUCUUUAAAGAACAAAAUUUUAAUUAUAUUAUUCACAGGAACUAAUAAAACAAGCAGUUUUUAUUACCAAUAUAUUACACCAGAACUUUAUAUAAAUUAUUUCUUUAUACCUAGUAUAUAUGAAAUAUAAAUGAUUUCUUU